CCCCCUCAAACCACGAGCCACGAGCGCCGCGACCAUGGCGGCGGCGGAAGUAGCCACCGCCGCGGAGCACCCCCGCCACCCAAACCCUAAGCUCGAUCCCCUCUCCAAUGGCGGAUCCGGCUCCGCCGACAAGAAGAAGGCCCGGGACAGCGAGCGCCGCCGCCGUAGGCGGAAGCAGAAGAAGAACAACAACAGCAGCAAGCUCGCCUCCGCCGCCGACGCCGACGCGGAGGACGAGGACGGGAGCUCCAAGGAGAACGCCGAUCCGAACCCUAGGGUGGAGGUGUCGGUGGAGGUCGAGUACGUUCCGGAGAAGGCCGAGGUGGAGGAGAGCCUUCUCGAGGAUUUUAGAAACGUGUUUGCGAAGUUUAGCUUCAAAGAUUCCGCCGCUGGUGCAGAGGAUGAUGCGAAAAAGGAAGAGGCCGCAGCCGAUGCGGCGAAGAAGAAGGGGGAUUCGGAUUCGGAGGAGGAGGAAGAGCCGGAAGCAAAGCAGAAGAAGGAAGGCGAGCUAUCGAAUAAGAAAAAGAAGUUGCAAAGAAGGAUGAAGAUUGCUGAUUUGAAGAAAGUAUGCUCCAGGCCUGAUGUCGUUGAGAUAUGGGAUGCAACAGCAGCAGAUCCAAAGUUGCUUGUUUAUUUGAAAUCAUAUCGGAAUUCUGUCCCGGUCCCCAGGCACUGGUGUCAAAAACGGAAGUUUUUACAGGGAAAGCGGGGUAUCGAGAAGCAGCCUUUCCAACUUCCUGACUUUAUUGCUGCUACAGGAAUAGAAAAAAUAAGACAGGCAUAUAUUGAAAAAGAGGACAGCAAAAAGCUUAAACAGAAACAACGUGAGCGCAUGCAACCAAAGAUGGGAAAGAUGGAUAUAGAUUAUCAGGUGUUGCAUGAUGCCUUCUUCAAAUAUCAAACGAAACCAAAGUUGACUACACACGGUGAUUUAUAUCAUGAAGGGAAAGAAUUUGAGGUCAAGCUUAGGGAGAUGAAGCCAGGUACUUUGUCUCGAGAACUCAAAGAAGCUCUCGGUAUGCCUGAUGGUGCCCCACCUCCAUGGCUUAUCAACAUGCAAAGGUAUGGCCCGCCACCAUCUUACCCGCAACUGAAGAUACCCGGACUAAAUGCUCCUAUUCCUCCAGGAGCUAGCUUUGGUUAUCACCCAGGAGGUUGGGGCAAACCGCCCGUUGACGAAUUUGGCCGUCCGUUGUAUGGCGAUGUUUUCGGAGUCCAACAGCAGGAGCAACCCAAUUAUGAGGAAGAGCCGGUUGAUCGGAGCAAGCACUGGGGAGAUUUGGAGGAGGAAGAGGAGGAGGAGGAGGAAGAGGAAGAAGAAGAGAUGGAGGAAGAGGAGCUGGAGGCGGGCAUUCAAUCCGUUGAUAGCCUCUCGAGUACUCCCACUGGCGUGGAAACACCUGAUGUUAUCGACCUCCGGAAGCAACAGAGAAAGGAGCCAGAGAAGCCCCUGUACCAGGUUCUCGAAGAGAAAGAAGAAGCGGUUGCACCCGGAACACUACUCGGAACAACUCACACGUACGUGCUUGGGCAACAAGACAAAACAGCUGCUAAAAGGGUUGAUCUAUUGCGAGGACAAAAGGCCGACAAAGUGGACGUCACUAUACAACCUGAGGAGCUUGAAGUUAUGGACGAUGUUUUGCCGGCCAAGUACGCGGAGGCGCGAGAGGAGGAGAAGCUACGCAAUCAGAAAGAGGAUUUCAGCGACAUGGUGGCGGAGAACGCGAACAAGAGGAAGAGGAAGCAGGAGAAGGAGGGCAAAUCAAAAAAGAAGGAUUUCAAGUUCUAAAAGAUCUUAUGAUUUCGUUCCCCCCGCCUUUUCUUUGCUUCGGUCACGAAGGGCCGAAGGAAGCUCUCUCUCUCUCUCUCUCUUGCUAUUUACUAAAUGUAUCAGUUUGUGCCUUGCUUUUAUGGAGUACCAAUAUAU